UCUAGCUGCUGCUGCUGCUGCUGCUGCAGGAGGAGAAGACAGAGAGCAAGCGAGCAAGACCCGCUGCUGCCAUGGGGCGAGUGCAAGGGGGGAUGCGCUGCGUCAAGUUCCUGCUCUUCCUUUUCAACUUCAUCUUCUGGUUGGCAGGUUCAGCUGUUGUCGCAUUUGGGCUAUGGCUGCGGUUUGGAAACGUAAUAAGAGAUUUAGCAACUGAUGAGGACUCCCCAGAAUAUUUUUAUAUGGGACUGUAUGUGCUGGUGGGAGCAGGAGUGCUGAUGAUGAUAGUAGGAUUUUUUGGAUGCUGUGGAGCAGCACGGGAGUCUCAGUGCCUGCUUGGAGCAUUUUUUACUUGCUUGUUGGUGAUUUUUGCCGCUGAAAUCACUGCAGGGGUUUUUGCUUUUCUGGGCAAGAAGACGGCAGUCAAUGAAGUCCAAGCUAUCUACGAGGAAGCUUAUGAAAACUACAUCAAUGAUCAAACCAAAAACAAAACACUCAUCACAUUUCAUGAUGCACUUCAAUGCUGUGGAAAAGAUAGUGACGCUCAAGUAAAGCCCACCUGUCCAAAAGACAUUGAGUUGCCCAAAAACUGUCUGACUGAAAUAGAGACUCUUGUUAAUUCAAAUCUUCAUUUACUUGGCAUUGUUGGGAUUGGAAUUGCUGGAAUCACAAUCUUUGGCAUGGUCUUCAGCAUGGUCCUUUGCUGUGCAAUCCGAAACACAAGAGACAUGCUUUAGAACUCAUCCUGUAUCACAUUAUUUUCAAUCCAGGACUGAAACAAAGGCUUCAACAAGUUCUGAAGAAGUGCUUGUCCACUCAGCUUACAACUGUAAUCCAUUUUUAGUUAGGAUGUUAAUCAACUGACAGAAAAAGGGGACGUUUGGUGAGUUCAAGAGUUUCCUGUGGCUGUGUUUAAAAUUUUAAAACAAUUCUGAAGUGAGCAAGUAGGAUAGGCUAACAAUGCCUUUUUCAAGGCCAACAGUGACAUCUAAAACUAAAAUUUAUUUGAGGUAUGACUUUGCACAGGUAUGGAGGAAUGGGUCCUAUAUCUCUGUAUUCAAGUAUGUGUUCUUGUUUUGGUGCAGAUGCACAUAUAGCUGUAUAUACAGUUCCCUUGAUUGUAUGUAUGUUUUGUAAGUGUCUAUAUCUGCAUGCAUAUUUCUGCAAUAUAUAUAUUAUGCAUGCACGUGUACAAGCACACACACUUGGGUGCAUAUCCAGGCUAACAUUUUUUCAAAAUGGGGUCCUCUUUACUGAUCAUUUUUUGAGAAGCAAAUUCCUCUAGGAAAAUAUCAAAAAGAAAAUAUCCCAUCCUGUCUUCAUUCAGUCUUUGGAAUGUCCCAUUUAAGAUAACUUUAUUUAAAGAAAUGUGUUCUGCUCCUAGCCAGCUCUCCCCCUGGAAGAUUGUGUCUUUGUGUGUGUCUGUGUGUGCGUGUGUGUGUGUUUUAUUUAUAUAUUUAUUUAUAUGCAGAAUUGUUUAUAUGAUAGACAUUGACGGGGGACUCUGUCUUUUUAAAGAAAAGCAGAGCAAAGACCAAGAGGUAGUACCAAAUCAGCAGAGAUCAGAUAAAGCUGUGGGUUCAGAAUAAAGUUUACUGGGGUUGAGACAUCUUGUGCAGUCAUGUUUUUAAAUAGGGUCUAUUUAAAACAAACACAGGUCAUCCUUGAUGAGGAACUUAAUUCCACUCAAAAACUGUUUCUUGCUUGGGUUUCUUUCCCAAAUGCUAUCAUUUAGUAUCUAUUGUCCUAAUUAUUUUUAAUCUGGACCAAAAAAAUUGCUUCAGCAUAAUCUAAAACCAGUGCCCCAACUAUUUUACUUAGUAAAACCAGUGCUUACUAUGAUGAUCAUUCAAUCCCCAAAUGCACAUCAUACCCUCUCAUGCCAUUGUAGCAUAUUCCCUGAAGUAUGUUGAUACAAAAGCAUCACUGGGACUUACUCUCUCCUUGGUGCCUUUAGGAUUGCAGCUUAAUUAUUUGCUGCAGAAAUCACCAUGGUGCUGUUUGCAGCCUUUUAUUUGUACAGCAAUUGCAUGCUGGCUUUACACAAUGGAGGAGUACAUACCUAAUAUAGAAAUAAUAUUUAUUAUUAUUUUCAUGUUCCAGUCACAAUUAACCAUGUGCUUCACCCUUUCAUUGAAAUCAAUACUUCUCAAAAUUUCUUAACUUUGGGGAAAACUUAACUCAAUCUGUGUAUGUAUAUAUGAAUGUUUUAAAAGAAAAUUUAAAAGAAAAGGAUUGUGUGUAUAGGAGCACAGUCCCUGAAGACCAUGAAAAAAUGUUCAGCAGUACAUUUAAAAAUACGGAGAAUGGGUAGUUUUCAUUAAUGAUGUCAAGAAUAAUAACCAAUAAUUGUGACAGUUAUUCAACCAUCUCAUACACAGAAUUCAUACUAAGCUUUACUGUAGAUGUUUGAACUGUGUGCAGCAAUAUAUUUCUUUGGGAAGGAGUAGAAAGAGUAGAUUGAAAGAUGAGAAGCUCUACAUAUUUAAAGUUGCCCUACAUCCUGUAGCUGAGAACGUGGUGUCAGCCAAACUAACCUUCAGAGUUCAAUGCAGUUUGAAAGUCAAUUUCAGACUGUUUACCUUUUGCUUUAUCUGGGUUCUCAGACUGCUAGAAGUCAGUGCAGACAUUUAGAUCUCAAAGAAAAGCUAUUUGUUCUGCUAAAAAUUUGUUCCUGCCAGAAACCUGUACAACACACCAAUCCAAAACUAGAGGUCUCAAAAUUAAGACCCUGUGCCUGGUGUUCUGGCUACAAAACUUUAGUUAAAACAUUGAGAGGUGAGCAGUUGUACUUUAAUACACUCUGUUUUUGUUUAUUGUCUCUGAAAAUCAAACUACUGAAUGCUGUUUUAACUAUAUCAAGGUAUUAUCUAGUCAUGACAUGGCUGUCUAAAACUGGGAAAAUGUGGAAAUGAUACAAUAUUCUUAAAAUACCUCAGGGGAGAGUUUACAGCUUAUAACUGUGCUUUAUAUUGUUUAUAUUCAUUUCUACUAAGUCGUGUAUUGAAAAAUAACCUGACAAAAUUAAUUCAGCCAGCCAGAGGAAAAUCAUUUUGGUGCAGCCUUAAUGUAUUACAAUCGAUAGAGUUUUACCACUGACUUGAAUGGUAAGUGCUUUGUGGGAACUUUUAAAUACUUGGCCCAUUUUCUGACAAGCUAUAAUUUUAGGAAUCAGAACUCAAGCAAUGAUUCAGUCUUUCUGUCUGUUUUUAUUCAGUUUUAUUUUCUUUUGAAUAGAAACAGGCCAUCUAAAAGAAUAUGUUAGGAAAUUUUCAAAUUUUAAUUAAACCACCCCUCUUAAUCGUAUUAUGUGCUCCAUUUACAUUUUUCAUCGAAAUAUAUUCAAAACAUGUAUGAUUUCAGGGGAAGCCUGUCUUAGCAGGGCCUUCAUUUGAAGUUCAGUGUGCGCUCAAGUGUGUGUAUGUAUAUGUAUGUCAGAGAGAGAGAGGGGGAGAGAGAAGAGCCCCAAGUUGAGUUGUUCCCUUCUUAAUCUCAAACAUAUAUUGUGUGUAUGCCCUAUCUCUCCAACAAAUUUCAGUUGAUUGUCCCUACUGCUUGGCCCAGAUAAGAUACGUGGGCCCAUCAGAAUAUAGCUCAAGUGAUAGGAGAUAUACCUAAGGAAAUGUAUCAAACGCACAAUUCACCUACCUAUCCUAGAGGCCUAUUGGGUAGUGGCAGCUCCUGAAGUCCAGGUGAGGGCCUCAUCAUGGAAAAGAUAUCACUAGAGAUCCAAGUACCUAGAUGGACUGCCACAUUAUUUGGGAAGCAGUUUCAUCAGCUCUAAAAGUAAUUCUUACCAGGAAUUUGCAGUUUAACAGAAAUAGAAAUAAAGAUGUAGUCAUCUUUGUUUUAAAAAAUGUCAUUGGUAUGAACUAUCAUAAUAUUAAAGACUCUGGAGUCAAAGGGGAAUUUCUGCUAAUUUUCUAUUCUGAAAAAGUAUCUUCUUGGGAUUCUAUUCCAGAGUAAAAAGAAGAUGGAAGGACUUAGAACAGGAGCUGCUUUAGUGAUUUCCCCGUAUUUGUUAGUUUUUCUUUUUAAAUAAUAUCUCCUUAAGAAUAGACCAUCUCUUCCAUUAUAAUGCCAGCCAUUCUCAAAUGAGACCAAAACCAGUCUAAAAAUGGAAACAGCAGGAUGUGAAAUAGACAUUAGAAAAAUCAGUAAUUUGUAGAGAUCACCCUGUCCUACUGUACUCAGCUCUGGUUUGUUCCCUGUCUCCUCCAUUUGCCAUCCUUUGUUUCAUGUAGACUCAGGGCUCAGCUGUAUCACACAUCAGCAUAUGGCAAUGCUGUUGCACUGCUUCCCCAUUCUGUAUUCCAACUUUUCAGAGUACUUUGUGAAGUUGCUUCACGUCAGUCCAUGUAACUGGCACAGACUAGUAUGGAUAAGUUUGGGAAAGACUUUGAGAAAUCUUCUUUGUUCCAAGUUUUCCCAGUCAGGAGCAGAAGGCAAAUCCUGUUUAACCUGUGCUCCUGCUUUCUCAUUUAUAUUGUUUUUUUCUCCUUAUUUGGGUUUUAGAAGAGUCAGGUGAGCUGUUGCUGUAAAUACAGGUUGAAAGGAGAGCUACAUUCUACUUCAUUCUGGUAGUUGCAUUUUUAUGCUGGGAAAGGACACUGACUCCCUGUGCUAGCCCAAAAAUGGUAUUAUCAAACAAGUACCAGGCCAGAAAUGGUUCUGAUUUGUCUGCUGAUUACCAUUUGUGAUUUUUAUGAAAUGGCUGUCCUUCACAGACCUAAGGCCUCCUUGCUGAACAACGCUGAUAAAUAAGCUGUGGAUUGAACACCAGGAUGAGGGAGCAGGGUGGUUGGAUAUGAUAGCUAUGAAGACAGAUUGGAAAAUGCACAUGCUGUCUGGUAGUGGAAAAGCAGAGCAGCAGAGACAUACAUCUAUACCAAUGUUUCUCAACCUCAACAACUUUAAGAUGUGUGGACUUCAACCCCCAGAAUUCUCCAGCCAACAUGGCUGGCUGAGGAAUUCAGGGAGUUGAAGUCCACACAUCUUAAAGUUGCUGAGGUUGAGAAACACUGAUCUAUACAUACAGUAUAUGCCAUUGCUUUUUAAAAAUUUUGUAUUGGAGUGCAGGUAACUUUUUGCUGUUGCCUUCUUGCUAUUAGAGAAACCAGUCUUGCUUCCAGAAUGUGAUCUACUAUUGCUUGGCUGCUUCUUAAUCUUUAAGUGCCUUUUGGGGAACAGGGCAGAAUGCCAGUUCUGUAAGUAGAGCUUUUGCAAUUAAAAUCAGACAUGAAGUUUAUUCAGUUUUAGUGAGUUCCAAUUUCCUUGCAUCCCACUGUAUUUAUUUUUAUGAAUAUAAUGGUUACACCUGUCCUAAGGUCAUCUGCUCUUUAAAAAUAAUAAAAGAAUAUGUGCUUGAAAUGCAGGUCAGAUUUAAAUAUAUAUGUGUCCAAAAACUUACCAGUGCCUUUAAAAACACCACAGCUCUAUCCUCCUGAUCUCAGCAUUUCCAGUGUCAUUUUGAUGGGGAGUCCCUUAUGCUGAAUUACAUCUAAGAAACAUCGUAACUUGAAUGUUGGCGAGGAUUAAUUCUUCGAUACAUUUUUCUCUAGUAUGUAAAUUAUGCAUACACAUUUUCUGAGUGGAUUCACUGAGAGGACCAAGUCAGACGUGCUGAGAAUGGCCCAAAGCUUGCCCCCAAAGCCAUGAGAACUAGCCCACAGCUUCUCUUUCAAGUUCAGUAGACCAGCAAUUACACGAUACUUAGUAUGAGUUGUUCCUGAUGAUACACUACUGGAGUACAUGGGCACUGUUUUGAUUUUUGUGAGGUAUACAUUCCUUGAAUUGUGCUAUUGCCUCAUUGAUUAAAUUUGACAUCCCCACUUUACUUCUCAGCUGUGUUGAGGAAUGCAGCCUUUCUUAAUACUAACAAAUGGUCAUUAUAAAGAUACUAGAGGCAGCAGUUUUAGAAAGAUGUGGAGGUUGUAGGGUCAGAUUCUCCCAAAGGUCUUCAGGAAGAAACAGAACUUAUUAAAAUGCACACAGAUAUACGGGUUACCUCAGCACCAUGACACUGCGAACUUGUAAAGCAGUGCCUUAUUAUAGGAGAAGGAGCAAAUAAAUUGAGGAGCCUUUAAAAAGCACUUAUUAAACCUUAUUUUGAAGAGCAGCUUCUCCUAGUUUUGUCCUUUGUAAAGCCAUGGGCACAUUAUGCAUCUAAUAGAUGCUCUGUCCUGCUUAAUACAAAUUCUCAGUAACCAUGGGAAUGAUUACACUAAGUUCCAGACCUUUCACUGUCUUUAGGGAGUAGUGCAUUGUAUGUGCUGGAGAACUGAGCUUCAUUCUUCCCAGCAAAUCUGUACGGAUCAAGCCAGAAUGAUACAGCAUUAGAAAAUAGCUGUAUGCUUACUUUGCAGAUUCCCUUUGUGGAAUCCAUUAUUUUAUUUAAGAAUACAUUACUUUCUAUUGCAGCAGUUGUACAUAACUAGUAUGUUCACCCCUUGAAAUGUGUAUUUUAGAGUUUGUGCAAAAGACUUCAUUAAUUCUUCAAAUGUUGAUAGAAAUGUAAAUAAACAGUCCUUCUUUCCAAUGUUUCUGCUAUCUAGCAGCAUCAUGCAUCAAUCUGUUUUCAUGGGAAUUAAGUAUCUUUCCCAUGUAGUCAUUGUGUAAAUGUUAUUAGCAAUUGAUGUUAUUGAAACAUAUUUAGUUUGGUCUGGUUUUGGUCUGUUUUCUUAAUGCAUUUUUAUCACUGUUACUCUACUGAAGUUGAUGCAGAAAUCUAAUAAAAUAAUUUGAAAUAAA